CUAUUCCUAUAAAUUAUCCCCCCGACAAAAAAUAAAUAAAUAAAUAUUCAACUUAUAAAGCUUCACACAAAGCCUUCAACUUUCUCUUCAUCCUUCAUCGUCGUCUUCUUCUUCAAUCAGAAACCAAAUGGCGGUAGCAGCCGACUCACAGUUCCACGUUCUUGCUGUGGAUGACAGCAUCAUUGAUAGGAAACUCAUUGAGAGGCUGCUCAAGACUUCAUCUUUUCAAGUUACUACAGUGGAUUCUGGGAUCAAGGCUCUGGAGUUUUUGGUGUCCCCUGAUCAACAAGAAAUUGAAGUGAAUUUAAUAAUUACAGACUACUGGAUGCCUGGGAUGACAGGAUACGAUCUACUCAAGAAAAUUAAGGAAUCAUCAUAUUUGAAGGAUAUCCCAGUUGUGAUCAUGUCAUCUGAGAAUGUGCCUGCAAGGAUCAAUAGAUGUUUGGAGGAAGGAGCAGAGGAAUUCUUUCUGAAGCCAGUACAGUUAGCAGACAUGAACAGGCUCAGACCUCAUCUAAUGAAGACCAAAUCCAAAGAAGAGAAGAGCAGUGAAGAGGAGGAUGAUGCAAACAGCAGCGCUACGAGCAAAAGAAAAGCAAUGGAUGUUGAGGAGAUUAUUUUGCCAGAGAAGACAAGACAAAGAUUUCUACCCAAAUUACAGUAGAGUAAUGCUAGAAAUCCUUAAGAGAUCUCCAAUUUUGUUUGUUUAGCAGAUAUCACAAGUAUAGGGAAGUUAUUUUCUUUAUUAUUUGAGCUUUUUGAGGCGGGGAAUCAAAUGACUGUAAAUUGAUGGUUUAAGAUAAGAUGGAUUAAUCGGAAUAUUUCAAAAUUUGUUCAUUUUAUACU